UUUAGUUCACGGGUUUCUUUCGGAAUGAGUAGUAGGCUAUUUUCAAAUAAAUGCUUAAUAAUGAAAGUUACUUUACUAUUCAUGUUUUUAUUGUGUGGAUCUAAUAAGGCGUUCGAAUCAACAAAAUGCAUUUUCGAACCCGUGAAGUUGAGUAUUUUCAAGGAAGGCACAUCGAACGUAGAUGUGGACAAAGGAAAUCCGAUGGACCAGUUAGCGAAAAACAUUUCUUCGGGAGUUCCCAACGAAUCCACUAUCUUCGUUAAUUCACUAGGUGAUCAAGUAGUCGAGCUUGUUUCAUUUAACAAAACAGGUCUUGAUUUAAGCUGGGUAGAAAAAUGGUCCAUUCGCAAAGAAGUGAAACAGUUUGGUGACACUUUAUCUGCCCUAGCCUUGAACAAUGAAUUAAAUGCAAGAUAUUCCGUCAACCAGUACAAAUCUAGAGCAGAAAUGGUAAUUUUACUCGUCAGUGACACAAGCAAACUAGACGCUGUUCCUAGUUUACUUGCUAAAAAGAAGACCUUUGUUGUGGUGUUUGGGUCUUCUAUUCCGAAUAUCUACAACUCCACAGCAAGUCGCGAGGAUCAUCUGUACCUCGUUAGAAGCAAGGAUGAACUUGAAGCGGUCACUGUCAGAAUACUGGAACAGCUAGCGUGUGAUUCCAGGUUCUACUGUGACACGGAUAUGUACAGUGUCAAGAAAGGUUCCAGAUGCAAGACCUGUUCCAUUACUUGUGGCGAUGAUCUAACAAAGCGAACAAAAACCUGUGAAACACGAUGUCCGUUUUCAGUUAUACGACGGACGUCCAGUAAAGAAGAUCUGGAACCGAAACCGAGUAUGUCACCAGUUGCGGAAGUAAACUCUGUUAUAGAAAACACUAAAGUAGUGGUGGUAAUCGUAGCUGUCGUUAUUGGCUUACUAUUUCUUAUAUUCGGUACUGUAUGGUGCAUGUACCAAAAGCAAAAGAAGCGUCCGCUGACACCAAUCCCUUCGGAAGCAACUCUGCCAAAAACCCUAGCACUCAUUGGACAAGAAUUUGAUACAAUGCCGGUUGAAGAAAGCGGAAUGGAUACUUCAUCACAAGAAGGAGCACCAUUCCUGUCCGAUGACGGAACCCCCCAGACAGAUGCACAUGAUCAGACCCAGAGAAAGUGUGAAAGUGAUUCUUCUGAAGAUGGGGUUACAUGUAGCAUGGCAUUGCCCUUUCAGGACAAACGAACAAUGGACUUGAAUGCCCAUUAUUCCGGACAUGAUGUUGUUUUCCUGCACGGAUCAAGAAUGCCAGAAGGAACAAGGCCAAUAAGUGAUCAAGAGGUGUGAAAGCAUCGUUAAGUCGUUUACCUUGACAUUGUAUGUAAGAAAAAAUACACUAACCUUGAUUUUCAACAUUUCUUAAUCGAUGAGACUUUGAUGCUUGUUACAGAACUUGACAAUGUGUUAAGCCUCAUAUUCGAUUGCUUCGUAAAUAACACGUUUGAUAAUGACAUGCGUGUAACAUGUACGAUAUAUUACUCAUGAUGUAUGUAAGUUGCUUACCUGAAAUGAGAUAAUGAUUUCUCAGUGCUAAGUAGCCACAGUUUUAGGAACUCGAUAUCAAAUUUAAAGAAUUUUACAGACAGAAAAUCUAGUUUUAAGUAAUUUUUUUAUAGAAAGUAUAGAAACUUGUCAUGUGGGUAUGUAGUGAUGAGACACAUGUAGGGAAUACGAACCUGGUUCGAAGGUUUAAUGUCAAUGCCACACUUUGGGGUGUCCAUCAUAUUUAGUGUCCGCAACUUAUUAACCAUGCAAGGUAAUGAUUUCUAACUUGGGAUGUAAGUAGGUGUGCAGAGUGCAUGAACCAGGAUGGUAGGUCAAAGGUCAUAGCAAGGUCACAUCCGCUCGUCAUUGUUCGUGUCCAGAGCAUUACUUAUAAUAUUAAAGGUAUUGACUUGAAGACUUGAAACUUGGAAUAUAGGCAGGUGGUGAUGAGACGAUGUGCAUACUGCAACAAUCUACAUUACAUCCUCAAUUAACCCUCCACCCGCACCCCCAAAUAAUCAUUUAUUUUCUUGCCUUUUAGUAUCUUGUCACCACCACCUCAAAAACACACACACUCUGCCCCCACCCCAACCCAACACCUUCCUCCAAAUAAGAAAAGUUGUUAUUUUCUUUAAAGAGGCACCACAAAAUAACUGUAUUCUUUUGUAUUUCCAUGAUGGUAAUUAUACAUAAUUUAUAUAAAAAAUAUGAGAUAUACAAGAUUGACAGCGACACAUAUUCAGCCAAUACGAUGUGUUUAAUUUCUUAACAUUUUAUUGAAUUAAUGUAGUAAUAUGUACAUAAAUGGGUGUUUUUAGUUGAAUUUCAAUCACAUUUUGUUUCUUCAGUAUAAGACAGUUAUUCAUCUAUAUUUUUUAAACUAUACCAAAAAGCAAUUGACUGAAUAAGUUUGCAGAUACAGUUGUGAAAACACAUUUAUUCAAAAAGGGCCUAAAUUGUCCACCUGAAAACUUCUAGUAUAGCUGUACAUUAUCUGUAUUAUAAGAAUGAUUUUCAUGAAGUUUUGUGGGCGAAAAAAUAGGUCAAAUGGGUCUUUAAAUAUUGAGUCCGUCCACGUCUGAUAUUACCAUUGGGCGUAUAUGAAUAAUCGACCAUUUACUCUAAAAUGCCUUUCUCCGGCACUCGAAGAGGGGUGGUAUAUAGCUUAGCUCAUAUCGUUCUGUCAUGUAAUUGUCCAGAUUCAUUCUGAGUCUUUCUGACCUGUAACUAGAGAAUGAUUUGUCUUAUAUAGCCAUCGGAAUGUAUAACUGUACCGAAUUGGUGAACCAUGUAGUUAGCUGGAUCGUUAGACAGUAUGAUAUUGAACUAAUAUUGAACUUUUAAAGGAUGAUUAUGUCAGUUAAUUUACCGCCCCAAUGUCACAAUAGCUUCUGAUCAAUAACUGAAACAUGAACAUGAUUACUUGUUCUCUCGUUUAAGGGAAUGAAAGCCAACAUGAUUGUAGAUCAGCCAAGUCCGAAGGCCCGUGAUGAGCAUUUUGGAUCAUUUGGCGUCCAUUUCAUGACUAUUCUUUAUGUCUAGGCUACACACUUUAUAGACGCAAAGGUUUUAAAUGCUUUCCUAAACGAAAUGAAAGAUGGCUGUAUGUAAUGGCUCGACUGUUAAAAUAUUCCAACUGAAGUUAUGCAUGGACAAAGCUUUUUUUACAUGUACUAAAGAUCAAAAUCAAUAGCCUGAGAAUACUUUGACUGAUUGCCUGAACAUUCAUAUGAUGACUGUAUAUGCUAAAUAGGAGCCUAGUCUAUUAUUUGGGGUAUACAUGUCUUAAACAGGACAUAAUCUAAGAAUAUAUAGUCACAAGUUGAAAUGAAAGCUCAAUACAAUAAGGCUCUUUUAGUGAAAGUCUGAGAAAUCUUUAUCUUAUUUAAUUGUUUUGAUAGUGAUAGUGGAAAUGAUUCUAAAUAUAAUCUGUACUCUGUUUCUAUUGUAAAUACAUGUUGAAUGAUACUUUAUGCGAAUGUAAGAAGCUUCUGCAUCAUUCAUUCUUUCAAACUGCCAUUCAAACGUUUUUGUUCCACUUGGAAGACAUGCUUAUUUAAGAAUUUUUGAAAGAAUAAUUUUAUUUUCCGUUUUAUAUAUUAAUUUAAUGAUUAGAUUCUAAAAAUAUAUAUUAUUCUAAGUAUUUUUAUACAAAGGCAUUGAAUAUGAUAAUCAUAUACUCAGGUUGUUUUCUCAAAAGUUUAUAUAUAUUACACCAAUUUACAGUUGUUCUUUUAUCAUUGCUGAUCAAAUUUGAAAAUAAGACACUAACCAACAAAACACUUGGAUGGCAGUUAUUUUCCAGCACCUUACUGUUAUUCCCAUCUCCUCAAUUCAUAAAGUUUAUUGGUAUGCAAGUUCUUCUUCUACUUCUUUUUCUUUAGACCUGUCUUAUCUCUUUGUUAUAGAAUGCUGGAUUUAUUGUAGAUUUUUAUCGUAUUUCGUUUUAAUUAAGAAACAUUAAAUAUAAAAUAUUAAAUAAGAUGGACAUAAUGGUGUGAGUUGUAAUAAGAAAUUUUGUGUUUGUUUGUUAAUGGAUGAAUGUAUGUCCAAUCUAUACUUUGCUUUUGGAUUUUUGUAUCAGGAAUAAGUUAUGUUUAAGGGGUAUUUAUCAAAUAAAGAUCUUAAUACAUUCCUUUAAGAAAGUUGAACGAUUUCAACUAUCUGAUUCCAAUUAAUGUCCAAUAUGUCAAAUAGUGUUCACAGGCAGUUCUAUAAAAUGAAUGACGACGUUUAAUUUAAUUAACAUUAAAGCCGCUUGUUUGCAGUUUGGGUUAAAAAUUUGGACAAUCUUUAUUAAAACAAUCUGUAGUAUAGAUUUGUAUUGCUCAGAAGAAUUUCCAAUGUUUGUGUCGUUUCUUUUGGCCUUUCGACUUUCGAUGGCCUUCGACUACGAAAGAAAUUGGCAAUUAAAUUUUACAGUAAUUUUAAAACGAUUCCAAAUCAGUGUAAAAUAAAAAUAUACUUAAAUACUGAUUUUCAUGUAGAAGUGACUCUUUUUCUGCGGCGUUUGUGUUAACACUAUUUCAAAAUUGGAAUAUUUCGAUGAAACAGUUACUUGCAUUCGUUCAGGUUUCUAGAAGGCACGUGUUACGGUCUAUACUUGAUGAAUAUUAUCUUAAAUAUGAAUUAUCCCAACUUUAUGUCAGUGAGGAGAUGGGUUAUAUGGUAAUCAUUCAUGUUUUAUUAUUACUGUUGGAAGUUUGUUCAAUGUUUUUUGUUAGGAGGAAUGUGUUUAUAGUGAAGUAGUAAUGUCUAAGAAGUUAAUAUGUUAUGAAUUUGAGUUUGAUUAUUUUCUCAGUUAUUAACGUUUCAUUCCGCAUAAUUGUAAAUCUUACAUUUUAAUGUUCUCGGUUUCAUAGACCAGGGAAGCAGGUGGUGUUUGAUCUGAAUGUCCAUAAGACCGCCCGUCGCAUAUUCGUGUGUACUCAACUCCCGUACAGUUGUUAUUCAAUAAAAAAUGAAACUUAGUGUAUUUCAUCAACAUGAAGCGGACAUGCAUAUAGUUUUAAGACAUACGUGAUUUUUAUACGCCUGAAGUGACGUAUCAUACCCCCGGUGGCCGUCUGUCCGUCCGUCCGUUAGCGAUUUCGUGUCUGCUCUGUAAAUUUUGAACCCCUUUAAGGAUUUCAAAGAAACUUGACACAAAUGUUCACCACAUCGGUACGACGUGCAGAGCGCAUGUUCUGGAUGGCUCGCUUCAAGGUCAAGGUCACACUUAGGGGUCAAAAUCAUAUGAGUUUGUUUCGUUCCGCUCUGUAACUCUUGACCCCCUUGAAGGAUUUCAAAAAUAAAAAUGACACAAAUGUUCACCACAUCGACACAACGUGCGGAGCGUAUGUUAUGAAUGGCUCGCUUCAAGGUCAAGGUCACAGUUAGGGGUCAAUAAUUCAAAUGCGUGUGUUUCGUGUCCUCUCUGUAACUCUUGAACUGCUUGAAGGAUUGUUAGGAAACUUGGCACACAUGUUCACCACAUCGAGACGACAUGCAGAGCGCAUGUUCUGGAUGUCUCGCUUCGAGGUCAAAGUAACACUUAGGGUCAAAGGUCAUUGCUCUGUCACUCUUGAACCCCUUAAAGGAUUUCGAAGAAACUUAACACAAAUGUUCACCAUACCGAGCGCAUGUUCUGAAUGGCUAACUACAAGGUCGAGGUCACACUUAGGGCACAAAGGUCAUAGCUUCGGUCGCAUAUUGCUCCGCAUUGCGGUGCUCUUGCUUUUAUAUUCCUGUGUCCUUUUAGAACUUUGCAACGUCGAUAUAUCAAGCGUUUUCGGGGAAAAUUAUGGCAUACAUCUGCCUUACCCCUGACAAAAUUUGAAUUUAAUUUUUAACAGGCCGCAAAUCAUCAUUAAUGUAAACAUUAUUGUACUUGUACAUUGAAAAUAUUAUUAGUGGUCUAUAUCAAGAAUCUGUUUAUUAAUACUAAUUUUCUAAUCCGCCCGUUUAGCGUAGUUGGGGAGGGCGCAGAUCUACGGAUCGCAGGUUGUUAGUUCGAUCCCCGGGCGAGUAGUAUGUUCUCCGUGACGAUUUGAUAGUAAAAUCAUUCGUCCUCCACCUCUGAUUCAUGUGGAAAUGUUGGCUAUUACUUGCGGAGAGCAGGUUAGUACUGGUACAGAAUACAGGAACACUAGUAAGGUUAAAUUCCCGUCGUUAUAAAACUAUAAUACUCUUUAAAUGGCGUAAAACCAAAAACAAGCAAACAAAUUAUGAUUUACUGUGUUGGUACGCCAUUAAACGCAAAUCAAUCAAACAAUUAAUUGUGAUUUUGAUUAAACAAUUAUAUAUAAAUAAACUCGUUUUACUCCACAAAUAUUCUUGUCGACUUUAUACGCGUUACUUAUUUCGCUGAUCUGCAAGUGGAUAUUUAAACUAUUCUAUUUUUUACAACCAAUGUAGUCAAAUUCUUAUGAAAAGAUGUUACAAGCUAUUGUUGCAGUAUGUAUUUUUGUAUUUUCUUUAUAUCGCUGAGUUUUGUAUAUAUUCACACCGUAUUAUUCAAGGUUUAUAUAAUUUGUGAUGUUUUGUAUUGCAAUUCAUAAUGUAUUUAUUUGAUGCAGAUGAGGUAUUCAGUUCUUUUUUCUUUCUCUUUUGAAAUUCUUGAAAGCUAUAUUCAGAUGUGGAAAGAAGCGCCAUACGUUUCGGCCAAAUAUUGCAUUUACAAUACCUGUUCAAAAGAACAUUUAAGAAAAUUUGCUAAAAAUUAAGAUUAUACAAAUGUAAAUAAAACACUGUUAGCCAAAAACAGGCCUCCUUUCAAUUGAGUUACAUUCCCUUGAAAAAUCUGCAUUUUUGGAGAUUUGCUUUUUUGUACAUUGAAGUAUCAAACGCAUAUAAGUAUGAGUAUGUUUUCAGUUUCGUUUUUUUAUGCCCCCGAAGGGAGGCAUAUAGUUUUUGAACCGUCUGUCGGUCUGUCAGUCUGUCGGUCUGUCCGCAAUUUUCGUGUCCGGUCCAUAUCUUUGUCAUCGAUGGAUGGAUUUUCAAAUAACUUGGCAUGAAUGUGUACCACAGUAAGACGACGUGCAGUGCACAAGACCCAGGUCCGUAACUCAAAGGUCAAGGUCACACUUAGACGUUAAAGGAUAGUGCAUUGAUGGGCGUGUCCGGUCCAUAUCUUUGUCAUCGAUAGAUGGAUUUUCAAAUAACUUGGCAUGAAUGUGUACCACAGUAAGACGACGUGCAGUGCGCAAGACCCAGGUCUGUAGCUCAAAGGUCAAGGUCACACUUAGACGUUAAAGAUCAUUUUUCAUGAUAGUGCAUUGAUGGGCAUGUCCGGUCCAUAUCUUUGUCAUUCAUGCAUGGAUUUUAAAAUAACUAUGCAUGAAUGUGUGACACAGUAAGACGAUGUGUCGCGCGCAAGACCCAGCUCCGUAGGUCAAAGGUCCUAAACUCUAACAUCGGCCAUAACUAUUCAUUCAAAGUGCCAUCGGGGGCAUGUGUCAUCCUACGGAGACAGCUCUUGUUUAAUGACUGCUUUUGGCAUGUAUUUCUUAGCUUUAUCUGUUAUCUGUGAAGGAGUCAAGCAUUUUCCCCCCGACAAACAAGUGUUCUUUAUUCUCGAAUCUCGGAAAGCAUAGUUACUAGGCCAAAUUUUAGGAAAGAAAUUGAAACGUUUAAUGUUUUACGUGUAAAUUGUCUGACUGCAUAUACGUAUAUUUCUGUGUUUUAAGAGAUGUUUAGAUCUCACACAUGUACCUUUCUACCAUUUUAUUCUAGAACGUGUAAGAUUUGUAAUGUAAUAUAGCAAUUUUCUGACAAUUUAGCAGAAAUAGUUCAAAAUAAACGUGUGCUGCUUUCUGCACCUGGGACCUUUUUCCCAUUGAUGUACGUCGUAUCAAGUCAAAAAAAAUCAUGUAUAGGACCUCUAGAUUGUGACGCUUUACAAAGUUUUACACCAAAACAUAUGGUCAAAAAUGUCAAAACGCUGUUAAUGUUUGGAUAUGAUUAACACUUUUUUUUUUCUCAACUCAGUUCGAUAGUCGAUAAUAGCAAAACAGUUGUUACCUUUUAGGUUCGGUAAAAUGUUAAUUUAUCGGCUUGGGAAAAGUGGUAUCAACUUAAGGCUAUGUCAUCUGUUGAUACAACUUUUUUUCAGGUUGAUACAUCAUCAUGUCAGCCUUACUGAAACAGAAUAAUUACAUUAGUCAGCAUUAAUAUUUUCUACAUAUGUGCUGAAUAUGAUAGUAAAUUAAUUUAAGAAAAGUAUAUUUAUCAAAACUGAUAACGUUCUCUUGUUAAUGAAUAAUAUACAUCUAUUACUUUUACAACUGGCCAUUAAUUAUACCCCGGAAAUGUACGAGGAACAAAAGUUUAAAUAACAAAAUACUUUACUUGAGUUACGGAUUUUGUGGACUUAUAAAUAAAUUGUAUAUUAAGUUCUAAUUAUAUUUUGUGUGUGUGUGGAAUGCUUAUUUUAUAUACUCAUUAAAUUUAUUUAAGAUACA